AUGAUAUUGGAUGUGGAUCAAUAUUUUGACAAUUCGAUUUUCCUAAAAACAUUUUUAAUUAAGAAUAAUAUUAGUUUUAUUGAAAUUUUUAUAGCAGCUGAUGAGAUUGAAUUACUUGAAGUUAAUCAACUAGCUAAAAAACAGUUGCUUGAAUUUGAAUCAGCUUGGAAAUUUCCAAAAGAUUUUAUUACAAUAUGUAAACAUGAUGUUUUCACAGAUUUAUAUAAAAUUGCAUUAGAACUUGUAUUUGUUACUCAAUAUAAAAAACUUCUGCCUGAUAAUCUUCUCGAUGAACUUUAUCAAUAUUUUUUAAGUUAUCCAUCUAAUAUUUUACCAAAAAGAGAAUCAGCAUAUCCUUUCAAUUCUAAAAUUAUUAGUGCUAAAGAUGCAGCAUUAAUAGCAAGUUGGAUUGAUAAAGAACAAGAAGGGCGCUAUCAUUUUAAAGAUAUACCUUUUAAAUUUAAUCUAAUUUAUCGUGCAAGCCUUGAAGAUUUUAGCAUUGAUAAGUUUCAUAGCAAAUGCGAUAAUAAAGGACCAACAGUUAUUAUAAUUAAAGUUCGAAACUCUGGAGAAAUCAUUGGUGGAUAUAAUCCAUUAAAUUGGCGCA